GCGGAAGUGGACCAAAUACUUUCCCCCCCGACGGUUACAACAUGACAUUUGCUGGGCAGCGUUGACUCGCUCCGUCUGGACCCAACUGUGCCCCGGUGCUCGGCAGGAAGCUGUACCGCGCGACUCGACGGCUCCACGGCGGCGGCGGCACGAUGCUGAGCGCCCCCGCGGCGGAGAGGAACAAGGAGCCCAUCCUGGCCGUGCUCCGCGAGAGCGUGAGCGCCGGCAGAGCGCUGCAGGCGCUGGAGGUCUCCUCCGGCACCGGGCAGCACGUGACGCACUUCGCCCAGGCCCUGCGCAACAUCACCUGGCAGCCGUCGGAGUACGAGCCCCAGUCUGUGGACAGUAUAGAAGCGUACAGAGCUCACUACCGGCUGAACAAUGUGAAGCCUGCGCUGCUCCUGGACGCUUCCCUGUCCCAUCAGAGCUGGGGAGGCAUCCAGCCGGAGAGCCUCGACCUGGUGGUCAACAUCAACAUGAUGCACAUCUCCCCCAUGUCCUGUACAGAGGGUUUAUUCCGAGGGGCCGGGGCAGUGUUGAAGCCGCAGGGUCUUCUGUUGACAUAUGGGCCCUAUGCCGUGAACGGUCAGAUCACCCCACAGAGUAACGUUGACUUUGACUUAAGCCUGAGGCAGAGGAAUCCAACAUGGGGGCUCAGGGAUAUAUCCAUCCUGAGCUCUAUAGCCCAAACAAAUGGUUUGUUUUUAGAGAAAAUGGUGGACAUGCCAGCAAACAACAAGUGUCUUCUGUUCAGGAAGGAGAGUUUGGUGUGAAGUGUCCCGUUGUUCAGUUUCUGGAGGCGGACCACGCAGGAUGAUCAAAGAGCCUUAACGUGAACACCAGAAGCUCAAAUAUGUUGACAAAUUUCCCAGAACUGUAAAUGAAUCACGUUUCCCUAUAUUCUAAUACACAAUGACCGUUGCCCUCUAAUAAACGAUACACAAUAUUCCACAAUUGAAUAAAAUGAAUAAGGCUUACCGA